AUGUUUGCUCCUAUUCAAUCUCUUAGGUCUAUGAGCCCUAGAUUAAUUAUUCAAAAUAUUGCUCAAUUUGGAUUAAUUGUUGCAUCAGCUGUAAUAAUGUGGAAAACACUUUGUGUUUUAUUUGUUACAGAAGCACCAAUUGUUGUUAUAUUAAGUGGUUCUAUGGAACCAGGAUUUAAACGAGGUGAUUUAAUGUUUUUAACAAAUAGAGGUGGAGUUGAUAAUAUUCAAAUAGGUGAUAUUAUUGUUUAUAAUUUACCAUCUAAAGGAAUUCCAAUCAUUCAUAGAGUAAUAGAAAUUCAUAAAGAUACUAAAGGUGAUGUUCGUUUUUUGACUAAAGGAGAUAAUAA